AUGAUUAUUUUCCAGGUUCUUAAACCGGUAAUUGAAAAGAAGAGGCGUGAUAGGAUAAACCAACGGUUGGAUGAGCUAAGGACUAUACUGCUAAGCAACACUUCUGACAUGCGGCUGAAAAAUCCAAAAUUGGAAAAAGCUGAAAUAUUAGAGUUGACUGUCGAUUACAUACGAAGAAAAGCAAAUGGGAACGACAGAAAAGCCCUUUCAGAAAAUCAUGUGAAAGAGUCCUCUGCUCCAGUGACUAGUGCUGUGAGUUCCAAAAGGACAGGCCUCAUACAUGAGCACACACAGCCCCCACCCAACCCCAUCUACAGUGCAGGUUUCAGAGAAUGCAUCUCCCGCCUGGGCAACUACAUUGACAGCGUGGACCCCUCCCAGAGAGAGAGCUUUGUCCAGGAACUGAGGGACCACCUGGAUGCCCACAGUGCCUGCCCUCUGGGGAGGGUGCAUAGCCAGACCUUUCCCCUGGACCUCCAGCCCUGGGGCUCUGGAGCAGAAGGACAAUGCUUACUGGGCAGAGUUCAGAACAGGAAGGAAAGUACAGGGAUGGGUCAUCAACGAGCCAGCAGGGAGGCCACCUUCCCCUACAUCAACACCUCUCUUCCCAUCUAUCCCAACACCUUUGUACUCCACCACCCCCACCCUACCCAACACCUCUCACACCCAUACCCAUCUCCUCCUUACUCCCUCUCCCCCCCACCCUCCCCUUCUUACUCCAGCUCCUCUCCAUACCUCUCCAUGCCCUGCCACUUCCCCUUCUCUCCUUCUCCCUCUGAACAUCGAUCAGAUUCCUUGUCAUCCUCGUCUCACUCUAUAUCUCUACUUGUGGCGCCUCUGGUACCAGACCAUACUCCCCUGGGUUCCAGUAUCCCCACCCCUCUAUGUCCCUCUGGCCCUGUGCCCGACGGCCCAACAAGGACUCUGAGGCAGUCACUGUUUCAAAUCCAGCCCCAGGCAAUAUGGAGGCCCUGGCCCUGAUAUCCAAUGGAGGGUAAGUGAAAUCCACCAGGACACAUAAAGGUCUCCACAAUCUGUGUUCUGAGAGCCAUCCAGAUCAUCACCGGACGCGUUCAGGACAACCUUCAUCUUUCCUAUUAAGCAGCGCGUGGUGAGGGCCGGCUAAGAUAGAAAAAUGUCAAGAGGUCAAGGACAAUCAAAAGUUUUCUGACAACCUGUCACUGUCACUUUACAAGGCCUUUUAACAGACAGAAGAGUUCUCUGCUGUGUUGUGUUUUCUACAGAGCUUACUGUGUAGACUGCCUGGAGCUUCUCGUUGUUUUCUUUGUCAUGGACAAUGGAUUUUCUUCUUUUACAUUCCUAAAUAGUUUUUCCCUGUCUUGGAUUCUUCCCUAAAUUAUAAAUCAUGUAAAACAUUGUAUAUAUAUUUAUAUUUGAUCAUGUACAAAGUCUUGUAAUUAAACUCAGGGGAAUAAAGUUCUUAUUUUGCU